AUGUUCACCGCGGCGACUCUGGCUGCCGCUGUUGCUGGCCUGGCAUCCUUAGCAGCGGCAGAAAACAGCACACGACUCUGGUAUACGGCUCCCGCGAACUCAAACACCUGGACAGAUGCUCUUCCGAUCGGUAAUGGCCGACUUGGUGCCAUGAUAUAUGGCAUGCCAGUAUCAGAGCGCAUCCAGCUCAACGAAGAAACCAUCUGGAAUGGAGGUCAAAGGGAUCGAGUAAAUCAGGAUGGCUCUCAAACACUCUCAGAGGUUCGGAAACUGCUUGCCGGCGGUGACCCUGCUGGUGCGCAAAAACUGGCCAACCUAGGGAUGAUGGGCACCCCGCAGACAUGCAGAAACUACCAGACAUUGGGCGAUAUGGAGAUCAAUUUUGACCAUACGAGCAGGUACGGAAAUACCACGUAUAAGAGAUGGCUGGACCUAGAAACAGCCUUGUCUGGUGUACGUUUUCAGGUGAAUGAUACCCUAUACGAACGGGAAAUGUUCGUAUCAGCACCAGACGACGUAUUCGUCCAGCACUUGAAGGCCACCGGCAGCGGAAAACUAUCCUUCCAGAUACGCGUCCAUCGACCUAAAGACGGCUUAAACGAGGCGUCUGACCAGGACUGGAACGAAAACGGGUGGACAUAUAUGACCGGUGGAACUGGCGGCACUCGUCCAAUAGUGUUUACUACCGCUCUAGCCGUGGAGUCGGACGGUCAUGUCAAGACCCUUGGCGAAUAUAUCGUCGUGGAGAAUGCUACUGAAGCGACUACAUUCUUCGCAGCUGCGACAUCAUAUCGGCACAAUGACACAAAAGCUGCUGUAGACAGUACGAUAGAGAAAGCUCGCCAAUACUCCUACGACGAGCUUCGCCGGCGCCAUAUCGAAGAUUACGCACCAUUCUACAACGCCAGCGUGCUGGAUUUGAGUGGAUCAGAUGUCAAAGCAAGCAGUCUGCCCACUAAUGAACGCAUUAACGCAACUCGCAAAGGGGCGGCCGAUCCUGGAAUAGUCGCACUAGCUUACAACUACGGGCGCUAUCUACUUAUUGCUUCGUCGCGUGCGGGAAACCUACCAUCAAAUCUCCAAGGCAUAUGGAACAAAGAAUUCGAUCCACAGUGGGGAUCCAAAUACACUGUGAACAUCAAUCUUCAAAUGAACUACUGGCCUGCAGAGGUUACAAGUCUGUCUAGCCUACAUGCGCCUCUAUUCGAUCUUCUGCAACUGAUGCGUCAGGAUGGCACGAACACUGCAAGAAAAAUGUACAAUGCGUCUGGGUGGAUGAGCCAUCAUAACACUGACCUCUGGGGCGACACGGCACCUGUCGACCGGUACCUACCAGCCACUUACUGGACACUAUCUUCCGGCUGGCUCGCCACUCACAUCCUAGAGCAUUAUUGGUAUACUGGAGACAAAACUUUCUUAAAUUCAAACCUGCGCAUCGUAUCGGAAGCCAUCGAAUUCUACCUCGACACUCUUCAACCUUACAGCGUCAACGGCACUGAGUACCUUGUUACCAGCCCAUCUGUCUCCCCAGAAAACACAUAUAUUGGCCCUGAUGGAAAAUCGUAUAAUUUCGACACUGCACCCACAUGCGAUAUUGAAAUCCUCAACGAACUCUUCACAAACUACCUCAACGCCGUGGCUACCCUCGAAAGCUCAUCCGCCAACUCAACCUUCUUGACGCGCGUCCGCGAUACACAAGCCAAGCUCCCACCCUACCGAUACUCGACUCGCUACCCAGGCACAUUGCAAGAAUGGAUGGAAGACUAUGUGCAAGCCGAGCCAGGCCAUCGCCACGUAUCGCACCUCUACGCUCUCUACCCCGGAACCCAGAUUCUUCCCCCAGGCGCCCCAGGCUACAAUGCGAAGCUCUUUAACGCCGCAGCUGCGACGCUUGAAGACCGAUUAUCGCACAACGGCGCGGGAACAGGCUGGUCGCGUGCUUGGACUAUAAACUGGUAUGCUCGCCUGCAGAAUAAGACUGCGCUUGCGGAAAAUACGUUUCAGUUCUUCAACACGAGCGUCUUUAACAAUCUCAUGGAUGUCAAUGAGGGUAUUUUCCAAAUUGACGGCAAUUUGGGAUUCGUGAGCGGUGUUGCAGAGGGCUUGCUGCAGUCGCAUGUGGUAGAUGACAAGGGCGUAAGGGAAGUCUGGUUGCUGCCAGUGUUGCCGGUAGGAUGGAGUGACGGAAACGUUAAUGGAAUUGCAGCCAGAGGGGGUUUCGUGUUUGAUCUUGAAUGGGCGGGUGGAAAGCUCACGCAUAUGAAGAUGGAAAGCAAGAUUGGUGGACCGGUUGUGCUGAAGUAUGGUGCAGCGGGGAACAGCACUGGAGGUGGGAAUGUCACGUCUACAUCCACGGAUGCCCAGGGCUUUUCCAACGGUCGUAUGAAGCUGGAAACUCGGGCUGGCGAAGUCAAGGAGUUUGAUUUCUAG